GGGCUUGCUCCUCCGAGGUAAAUAACAAAGCGCGCGCGAAGAGGCCCAGAUCAGCUGAUCGCGCCGCCUCCGUUUCUUAGAUUCCCCAUCGUUCCCGUAGGCUUCUGUAACAACAGGUCGUAGGACACUUGGGGCUAACUCGGCUGCAUCAUCAUCGUCAUCGUAUUAGCCGCUGUUGUUUUUACACGCCGUUUCAUGUCGCUGCUGCUAGCACUCGCAGUGAUAACGACAGCGAUUAGCAACACGAGGUCGAGUUUAUUAUAGUCGCGGUUUGUCGGGUCGGUUGGGGGUUCGAGAACGCAACAACAGAGGCGGGCGAGCACAUUUUGUUGUUGUAAACAAUUCGCGGAGUGAGCGAGCCCAAGGCCUUUGACGCGAUGGUCUCUCCCGUGACCGUGGUGAAGAGCUGCGGGCCCAGGCUGGUGCCCUUCUUCAAGACGACGUGCAUCUACUUCGUGCUGUGGCUGCCCGCCAGCAGCGCCUCGUGGUUCAGCACGCUCAUCAAGUGCCUGCCCAUCCUGUGCCUGUGCGCCUUCGUGGCGGCGCACGGCAUGAGCCUGCGGGCGGCGGUGCACUCGUACGCGCGGCGCAUCCUCGCGGGGCUCGUCUUCUCGGCGCUGGGGGACGCCUGCCUCGUGUGGGAGGCCUUCGGCUACUUUGAGCCGGGCAUGCUGAUGUUCGGCACGGCGCACGCCUUCUACCUGGCUGCGUUCGGCAUCCAACCGCUCCGCGCUCGCCUGGGCCUGGUGCUGGGCGCGAGCGGCGCGGCCAUCUACGGCCUCAUGUUCCCCUGCCUCCCGCCGGGGCCCAUGCCGGCGCUGCUGGCGGCGUACUUCUCCCUCAUCGUCGCCAUGAUGUGGCGCGCCGCGGCCCGCGUGGGCCGCCCCUGGACGUGGAACCGGAUGUGCGCGUGCGUGGGCGCGGCGCUCUUCGUGGCCUCCGACCUGGCGCUGGCCGUCGACAAGUUCUGCACGCGGCUGGCGGCGGCGCCCGCCUUCGUCAUGAGCACCUACUACCUGGCGCAGAUGUGCAUCGCGCUCUCCGUCGUAGACUGCCGCGACGACGACGCCGCCGCCGCCGCCGCCGCGGUCGCCGCGGACAAACGGGGCGGCGCCGUCGAGGGCGGCGCCGUCGAGGGCGGCGCCGACUCCGCGCCGCCGUCGCCGUGCCGACGCGUCGGCGAAGACGGCAGCGGCGCCCGCGGUGGAGUGCACCAGCGCGCCGCGCUGUCGGCUCGAUAG